UACAUAUGUAUGUACAUAUCAAUUCUUGAGUAUUUUACAGAAGUGUCAUGUCGCUGUUAAUUCUCGUAGUUGCACGAAGCUGUGCUGUAUGUCUGCAUAUCAUUGGUAGAGCGACAUAGAGAUGCAUUGCAAAAUGCCAGCAAUUUAGUCAUUUGCCCACUGUCAACUCUAAAUUAAUAUUUGAAUUCAACCAACAGAGACUAAAUUCAUUUGAAAUUUGAAAUGUUUUAUUAUCUCCUCAGACAACAUAAUUGAAGUUACCUUGCCAUUUCAUUAACGACAUAGAGAGAGAAAAGUAAAACAGUGUAAAAACGUGAAAUGCCCACAUAUCCCCCUCCACUUAAGCACCUACUUUUAUAACUCGAAAACUCGCACAGUCACAAAUCAAUCAUGGAGCGCCGAGGAUUAACAACAGCCUUUGUAAACCCUUUCGGGCAGCGACCCUGGAUGACAAAUACUGGCGCAGCAGCACCUUCAGCGGGUAACAAAGGCCUGAAGGGUAUUGUGGCAGGCGGUAUUACCGGCGGUAUUGAAAUUUGUAUUACAUUUCCCACCGAAUAUGUGAAGACACAAUUGCAGUUGGACGAAAAGGGUGCCAACAAAAAGUACAAUGGCAUUGCCGACUGCGUCAAGAAGACUAUCAAAUCUAAUGGUUUCUUUGGUUUGUAUCGUGGCUUGAGUGUGCUGAUCUAUGGCAGUAUUCCCAAAUCUGCAGCGCGUUUUGGUGCAUUUGAGUUCCUGCGCAGCAACAUGGCCGAUUCCAAUAACCAGCUCAGUAAUUCGGGCAAACUUUUAUGUGGUCUUGGUGCUGGCGUGUGCGAAGCUGUUUUGGCCGUCACACCCAUGGAGACUGUCAAAGUGAAAUUCAUUAAUGAUCAGCGCAGCGCAAAUCCACAGUACCGCGGUUUCUUCCAUGGCGUCAGCACAAUUGUGAAGCAGGAAGGUCUGGGCGGUGUAUAUAAGGGUUUGACACCUACCAUACUUAAACAGGGCUCGAAUCAGGCGAUACGUUUCUUCGUUAUGGAAUCAUUGAAGGAUCUCUAUAAACGCGGUGAUCACGAAAAGACCGUGCCCAAGCUGGUAGUGGGCGCAUUUGGUGCAAUCGCUGGUGCCGCCUCGGUAUUUGGCAAUACACCACUCGAUGUGGUGAAGACACGUAUGCAGGGUUUGGAGGCAUCCAAGUACAAAAACACAGCUGAUUGUGCGUUGCAAAUUUGGCGCAAUGAGGGCGUAACGGCCUUCUACAAGGGUACUGUGCCACGUUUGGGUCGUGUCUGCUUGGAUGUGGCCAUUACAUUUAUGAUUUACGACUCCUUCAUGGAUCUGUUCAACAAGGUUUGGAAAUAAUAGACAACAAAAUGGCACCAGCAUUAGCAACUUAUCGAAAAUAUAAAUAUAUAUAGAAAGUUGUUGUAAAAUAAUUUAGUAAACGAGACCAUGUCCAUAUAUGCGAUCACGUGCUGCAGUUCUCCCACAUACAUACAUACAAACAUGGACAUACAUACGUAUGUAUAUGAAGAUACAAUUGUAAAUUAGCUAAAAUGUAGAGUAGAUUUAAAUGAAUGGAAGUUACACACCUACAUACUUACAUACAUAUACAUAUACAUGUAGAUGCAGAUGUGAAUGAAAUAUAUACAGCAAUUACUUCCUAGUCAAUUUAGCCAUUAAACGGGCUCAUACAACAAUUUAAAUGGAUAAAUUAACGUAUAGAUUUUCAUCAUUAAGCAAAUAUGAAGAAUUUACAACGGACUUAUGUACAUGCAGGACAGUUGAACUGAACAUUAGCUUGGGCCAAAUAUACACACAUAUACCAUAUACAUAUGUAGAUACUUACAUACAUAUUUAUGAUCGCGGUGAACAACUAGAAGAAGUUGCAUUCUAGUAAUUAAUGUAGCUUAAAACUUGAAUAGUGUCAUUAUGCCCCUUCAACCGUUAAUUGUUGUCUACAUACAUAUGUAUGUAUAUGUAUGUAAAUAUUUAUAAACGAAAGCAUGGCAAAACGUGUCUUUAGUUACUUGAAACAUUCUAGCGAUUUUUUAGAAAUCUAUAUGUGUAUAUAUAUUAGUACACAGUCUCCUGCAUUUGUAAAUUAUAAUUAUUUAUAUGGUGUAAUUUGAUUUGAUGAUGCAUUUACUUAAAGAUUUGUAAAAUAAACGACACAAACCAAUGUCUGUUAAUUGUAAAUUAAAGAAAAAGA